CUCCUUUAGUCUCCUCAGAAACACGUGAAUUCUCCCUCUAACAAGAGAUUGGGAAUGCUUGUUUCACAAGCAUUUUUAUGCCUGGCUUCAGACAAGCUAUAUAAGGGCCUUCUGGACCCGGUUUGAAGUAAUGGUUUUGGUUCAUCUUCAACACUUGCAUCUAUGGUUAAACUCCAAUCCAUUCUCGGCUUAGCCAUUGCUUCUGUUUCACUUGUGGAGGGUUACCACAAGUACUCCCACCAAGAGUACGCCGUUAUGGCGUGUUCGGGUAUUAUUGAGGCCACAACUACUUAUUGUAUUAAGGAUUCUGAGGACGAGGACGAGGAGGAAAGUAUCUGCUACUGCACCAGUGUCAUAGAGAUGGGAUCUCUUUUAAUCUGUUUGCACGAUAUGAAUUACUAUGAUUCUGCCACAAUAAAACUUCUUGCCAAAAAAUGUUCAUCCAGCUAUCCGGGAACCACCUUAGAUGCCGAGUUCUUUAAUGGUGUGUACCAAAACGCCACGCAGUUUGCCAUCACUCCUGCAACCACGUUGAAUGCGACCCUCCUUAGCUAUUCCCCUAUUUAUGUCAGUCCCCAGAACGUCACCAAGUAUUACGACACGUACUAUAACUUUCUGUUCAACUACACUUUGUCACUUAACUUGGGUGCUGGGUUCUUCGCCCUCUUUACCGCUUUCAUGGUAAUCUCCGGUAUCGGUAACUGGUCGCUUAUUCUCUUCCCCGGCUUGGUGGGUAAGAUGAACGGUCCUGUGUCCAAGCGCUUUAGAGCGUUGGUAUCCUUACCAGCAACGUUCCGCAAAGAUAAUAACGUCCCUUUGAAGUUUUGGGGCGUCCCGAUCGGCUACAUCCCAACAAGACUGGAAUCGAUUGCCAUUGCUCUUCUUUGGAUCUAUCUGAUAUUGUCCUGCUCUAUUGGUUUCCAUCACGUUAAAGGUAACGUUUACUGGGACAAGACACUGGGUGAAAUCAGCCGAUACAUUGCCGAUCGGUCUGGGAUGUUGGCUGUUUUUAUUUACCCUUUGGUGAUUUUGUUGGCCGGGAGGAAUAACUUUCUUAUCUACCUUACCCGGUGGAGUUUCGCUCGCUUCAAUACCUACCACAGACACAUGUCGAGAAUGUUUUUCUUCUACGUCAUCAUACACAGCAUUGCCAUGACAAUUUACACGUUCGUAUCAUCCACGGAGUCCAUGUAUGCUAGUUGGAUGGCGGAUCCAUUUAUAACUUGGGGCAUUGUUUCGACAGUUGCGAUGGGGGUUAUUUUAGGACAAGGGAUACUCUUCUUGAGAAGAAGAUCCUACGAAGCGUUCUUGAUGCUCCAUAUCGUGUUGGCCAUCGUCGCUUUGGUCGGAUGUCACUACCACAUUAAGCCUAUGGGGUACCUGGAGUUUACAUAUACAGUUGUGGGUGUUUGGGUAUUUGAUAGAGUGAUUAGAUGGAUCCGUAUGGCCAGAUAUGGGCUUAAGGAAGCUACCGUGACGUUGAAGGCGGGUGAAACUUUGAAGGUUACCGUUCCUAAACCAACCAGCUGGAACUGUGGACCAGGUCAGUAUGCGUUUGUCUCGUUCAUGAUGCCAUCGUGUUUCUGGCAGUCUCAUCCAUUUACUGUGAUAUCUGAGUCAGAUACCGAGCUCAGUUUCGCCAUCAAAAUCAAGGGAGGCAUUACCCAUGGGUUGUACAAGCUUUUAGCUCCGUUACCUGGCCAAACCACGACAAUCAAGGUUGCGAUCGACGGUCCAUAUGGAUUCUCCUCUCCGGCUCACAAAUACAACCAGUCAUUGUUGAUGGCCUCUGGUCACGGUAUCCCAGGUUUGUAUGACCAUGCCAUGCGCUUGGCCAACACCAAGCAUUCGGUCAAGUUGAUCUGGAUCAUCAGAGACUACAAUUCAAUCUCCUGGAUGCUCGAGGAAAUGCAGAAGUUGAGAGGAACCAAGGUGGAGACUGUGAUAUAUGUAACCAGACCUAACGAGGUGUUGGACUCUCCUUUGGGAAGCUCCGACUCCAGAGUUUCGUUCUCGGACAAGGAUGAAAAGACAAAUCUUUCAUUCGAACCUGAGAUGAUGGAUGCUAAAAGUAUUAAAGAGAA